CACUGGCUUUGCUAUAUAGGACCCAUCACUCUAUACCAUUUGUCUCUGAGCUUCUUCUUCCACUUCCUUGAGCUUCCUUUUCUACAAGAGAAUUAAACAUUUUUUGUUCGUUUAAACUCUUGAUAAUGGAUUCGUAUUACGUCAGGUUUGUGGAAAACGACGAGCCACACUUUCUAGAGUCUUGCUCACUUUGCCGCAAAACCCUCUCUCUUAACUCGGAUAUUUUCAUGUACAGAGGAGACAUGGCAUUUUGUAGCCAAGAGUGUAGGCAAGAACAGAUUGAGUCUGAUGAAAAGAAAGCCAAGAGGUGGAGAAAAGCGUCGUCGUCGUCCAGAUCCAAAAACUCCGUCGCCGGGAAAGCUGUACGGUCGGAAACACUCGUCGUGUCUUAGUCAUUACAACAUCUUCACGAGAAGAGAUCUUUUUGUUUGUGGUUUUCAUGGUUUCAGUUUAAAAAACAAAAACAAAAUAAUAAUGGUAAAAUCAAUUAUAAAUUAAUGUUUUCCAAUUUAAAUGGGCUUAUCACGAAAUCUGUUAGCCCAUUAUGACCCAUUUGAUAGGAUCAUGGGCUCAUUUUUGAAGAUCUUAAUACACUAUUUGUAUAGUGCAUGAGAGCAAAGAGUCUACUGAAAUGUAAUUUUCUGAUUUCAUUUUCUACUAAGAGGAAAGCUCAUGUUAUGUACACAA